AUGAACCGCCUCUUCGGCUCCAAGGCCGCCGCGCCCAAGCCCACCCUCACGGGCGCCAUCACAAACAUCGACACGCGCAUCGCCUCCAUCGACACAAAGCUCAAGGCCCUCAACGGCGAGCUCUCCGCCUACCAAGAGAAGCUAUCCCGCAUGCGCGACGGCCCCGGCAAGCAGGCCCUCAAGCAAAAGGCCCUCAAGGUCCUCCAGCGCCGCAAGGCGUACGAGGCCGAAAAGGACAAGCUCGACAGCCAGGUCUGGAACAUGGAACAGGCCCAAAGCAUGCAGGACAAUCUCAAAAACGUCAUGACCCAGGUCGACGCCAUGAAGACGACGAACAAGGAGCUGCGCAAGCAGUACGGCAAGAUUGACGUCGACAAGAUUGAGCGACUGCAAGACGACAUGGCCGACCUCCUCGACGUUGGCAACGAAAUCCAGGAUAGCUUGGCGAGGAGCUAUGAUAUCCCAGACGAGGUCGACGAGACGGAGCUCGAUGCCGAGUUGGAGGCUCUCGGCAUGGAGCAGGAGCUCGAGCAGGAAAUGAGCGGCCAGCUGCCCGGCUUCUUGCAGGACGAGGCCGUGCCCGACUUUGUCGACGAGCCGCCCCAGACCGAGGACAAGGUUAAGCAGGCGGCUGGAUAA